AGUUCAAACAAGUGACUCUGUCGGCAUUUGUAACUUUGUUGUUGCGUCGCAAACAUGCACUUCAGUGUACGUAACGAAUUUUUUCAAAUAUCUUUCUUUCAAUAAUACAAAAAUUAUUUUACACAUUUUUGUCACCCAGUAAAUUACAUCACAUAAACAAAACAGUGACAAUGGAAUUGCACCUAGCUGAUGUCGGCAGUGAGUAUGCUCAAGACAAAAACGUGAAAAAAGAUGACGUUGAGGCAUUGGUGCAAUGGACAAACAAGCAACCACAUUUACCCGAAAUUAAUGAAUUACAAGCCAUCCUGUUCCUGCAAAGUUGUUACUAUAGCAAUGAAGCAGCCAAGAAAACCAUCGACACGUAUUUUACAAUGAAAACGCUCCAUCCCGAAAUUUUCAGAAAUAAGAAUACUUUAUUACCCCUUUUUAACAAAACCAUAGAAAACAGCCUCGCCACAUGUCUUCCUAAAAAAACACCAGAGGGUUAUACAAUUAUUUUCUUGAAAUUAGUAAAUAUAGAUGUGGACAAUUUUAAUUUUAUAGAACACAUAAAAUACUUAGAUAUGGCUUGCAUGUUACAACUGUACCAAGAAGGCACGUCCACAGGACAUGUGAUUGUUGCUGAUCUGAAAGGAGUCGUUUUUGCGCAUUUGACUAAAGUAAUAAUUGCCGGACCAAUGGUUCUAAAAAAUUUUCUUCAUUAUCUGCAAGAAGGGAUGCCUAUAAGAUUAAAAGGAUUACAUUUCAUCAACAUUGUACCAUUUAUGGAUAAAAUACUGGCUUUGGUAAAACCCUUGAUGAAAAUGGAACUUUUAGACAUGUUGUAUCUGCACAAUACAGUGGACGAAUUGGUGAAGUUUAUUCCUCUGGAAUGCCUACCUGAGAAUUAUGGUGGUUUCACAGAGGACACAUCAAAACUACACGAUAAAGCUAAAGAUAAAUAUUUUACAAAUUCUACAUUUUUUGAAUGGGAAGACAAACAGACGACCGACGAAAGUAAAAGAGUAGGUCCAUCAGACAGCGUGAACAAUAUUUUUGGAGUUGAAGGUACUUUCAAGAAGCUAAAUUUAGACUAACACACUUUUUUAUAUUUUUUUAAGAAAUAAAAUGGUUGUAAGAUAUUAAAA